AUGUCUACCGACUGGCUGCAGGUCGCUAUAGUCCACUUUUUCCACAACUUCGUUAUACCCUCUGAUGGGCUGUUUCCAGGUUUUAUGGAGUUGCUACCACGUCUAUUUGGCAUGAACCCCGACUCGCCGUACUUUAAUAGAUCAGUGGAGGCCAUAUCAAUGGCUACCCUGGCCAAGACAAAACAUAUGGAUAAUGAGUAUAUCAACAUGGCUAGAACUGCGUACGGAUUAGCCCUGCAAAGCCUAGGCUCUUCGCUGCAGCAUGAGAAAGACUCUCCCUCUGCGGCCGUCCUUGCCACUGUGGAUAUUCUCUGGAAGUACGAUAUGAUUAUGGGAGAAGACAACUUGACAUCGAAGAGCCCCCACCGGCAAGGCCAGCUCGAGUUUCUCAAGACACGGCUCUCAAAAGAGAAGCCCAAUGACAACGACGAGUGGCUCGACCGAUCUGUCCGCACGGGCGUAGUUAUGCAACGCAUUAUACUUCAUCCAAACGAAAAUGCUGCUGCAGCUGAAUCAACCCUCCUCGUCGGUACGUCGGUGCUGGAGACGCCGUCUAGCGCCCUUCGCGAUCGCCUACUUCCUUGGGCAGCAUCCAGCGGCGCACAAGUUUCUGCAUGUCUCCGAAACCCCCUUGAUAUGGGGCCACUUAUGGCCUGUCUAGAAUCUUUGCAGGGAUUGCGACGGGCUCUACAAGAGUGGGAAGACACAUUGCCUGUAGAAUGGCGACCUACCGUCAUCCCAAAUCCCCAAAUUCAUACCAACAGCUCUGUUUACCUUCCAGCCUGCCUCGCCAUCUUCCCCAACAUAAGCGUAUCUAGCACCUGGACAUCUUACUAUAUCGCGCAGCUAUCUGUCCUAAAAAGCAUAGCAGCCAUCAAUUCACUUGACUUAGUGGCGUCGAUAUCCGGCCUGGACCCCUUGGAUAUGCAGUCGAGCCUUGUGGCUGUUGCCGACACCAUCUGUAGCACUGCCCCUUAUAUGCUCGGGCUAGUCAACAGCAGCGGAGAAAUGAUUGUCGACGGAGAUACGCGCUGUGCUAAAGCCCUCUUCGUCACGAGGAGCCUGUACCUGGCUGUCCAAGUCUCAGGGCUGCCGGGUCCUCAAGUGCAGUGGAUGCUUGACACUUUGGAGUUCAUUGGACAUGAGCGAGGAGUCGGACAGGCACUGGUAGUAAAGCAAGAUUUGGUUGUCCGCCGCCAAUUGGGGAUAUUGGGGCUGAGCCACUUGUCAUAA